ACAUCAAUUACCACUUUUAAAGUAAACACUUCAAUAAUAGCUCAAUAUAUGUGCUCACUAAAGUAUAAUAUAUGUUUCCUUUAACAGAGCAAAUAUAUAAUACUGCCUAAUUUAACUGGACACAGAGAAUGUGCACCACUUGAGAUGUAGCAGGCAUGUCUGAUCCUGAAACAAUGCUCUCACCUGGAUAUUAGGUUUUACCAAAUUCAGAUAAAGGAAGGGGUAAUAGGGGCAGCUGCUGCCUUGAGGCAGGUCAUCGGCUUACAUUAGAAACAUCUGUCUGCCAGACACAAUCUGCUGCAGUCUUUCUUCACCAGCAUUGCUUGAAUGAAUGAGAUCACAUUCAGAAAUAAGGGGCACAUGUAAUUGUGCGUUGUAGUCCAUUUAUACUUGCAUAGCGCCCAUAAAAAAAAUGUAUUGUUUGUUUUAUUACAAGUUUUAAUUACUGUGAUGCAGUAUGCCACCUGAUGUGUUAUUUCAACUGUUUAACCUAGUAGAAUGCUCGUGCAAUCUUGAUGCUGAGUGUAUUAUCUGCGAGUACGAGCGAGGAGGGGUUGGAGACGCAGCACGCAGGCACCCAACAUGUAACUAACAUAUACCAAAGGCGAUUUGUUUUUAUUUGUUUUUAAUGUUACCCAAGAGGUUUUUACACUAUUGGAGGCUUUGUGUUGAUUUUAUCUCUACAUGUGGAAAGAGCUGCCAUCCAUUUGAAUCCGAGGAGAUCAGAGUGGAGAUUGGGUUGAUCAUCUGUAUGAAGCGUAAAGUGAUUUAAUCACACAUGCGAUUGAAAUCUACAAUCUGCUGGGGAAUGGCGGUCAACGUGUAUUCUACCUCGAUAACCCAGGAGACUAUGAGCAGACAUGACAUCACUGCAUGGGUCAAUGACAUAUUGAGUUUAAACUACGUAAAGGUCGAACAACUUUGUUCAGGUGCUGCCUAUUGCCAGUUUAUGGAUAUGCUCUUUGCAGGGUGCAUAAGCUUAAAGAAGGUCAAAUUUCAAGCCAAGCUGGAACAUGAGUACAUUCACAAUUUCAAACUGCUUCAAGCCUCAUUUAAAAGAAUGAAUGUUGAUAAGGUUAUACCAGUGGAAAAAUUGGUAAAAGGACGAUUCCAAGACAACCUGGAUUUUAUUCAGUGGUUUAAGAAAUUCUUUGAUGCUAACUACGAUGGGAAGGAGUAUGACCCCAUGGAAGCUAGACAAGGUCAGGAUGCCCUCCCACCUCCAGAUCCUGGUGAACAAAUCUUCAACCUGCCAAAAAAGCCUCAUCAUGCCAACUCUCCCACAGCAGGAGCUGCAAGAUCAAGUCCAAUUGCAAAACCAGGUUCCACGUCAUCUCGUCCAUCGUCUGCAAAAAAAGCAGCUCCAAGUUCUUCAGGAAAAAGUGACAAAGAUUUGGAAACACAAGUUGUACAUCUUAAUGAACAGGUGCAUUCAUUAAAGCUUACCCUUGAAGGAGUCGAAAAAGAACGAGAUUUCUACUUUGGAAAGCUAAGGGAAAUCGAACUUCUGUGCCAGGAACAUGGACAAGAGGGUGAAGAUCUUGUCCAGAGGUUAAUGGACGUCCUCUACUCUACAGAUGAUCACGAAGGCCACACAGACCAACAUGAAGGUGAUGAACAUGACCACGUUCAGGAGGAUCCACAGCAGCAGGAUGAAUACUGACCACCGAUCCUUUCAUCCCCUCACUGUUGUCAUUUCACGUGGGACUUUCUUUCAGGAGAGCAAUGUGUGGCCAGUCAGUAUCGGCACACCCUUACCAUGUAAUGUACUAUAGUGAGUGCCAGCCAACCACUGCAUUCUGUACCAGUUACUUCCCCAAGACGUGUUUACAGAAGUUGUAUUCCAGCCCAUGCAGAAAUGAGGCUACUCGGCAGCAGCUCGUUACACUUGACUGUUUCAGAUUGUUUUCAGAUCUUUUCCCUUAUUUUUUUAUUUAUUUGUAAGUGAGCUAUCUCCUUGUUUUCCAACUGCUUGCUUCUAAUUGUAAUAUCGUAGAAUAUUUAUAUAUUCAUGUCACUACCACGUAUCACGAAUGUAAAAGUGCUAAGUCAUAAAACAAAUUUUACACAAGUCCCAUACAAACCUAUUGAGUUAAGUAAGCAGAGAGGAUAUCUAGAAAGCAGAUGUAAUGUUUAUUUGUGUUAGAGGGGUGGGUAGUUUUUUCCCUUUACCGUACUAAAGUUACAGUCAUGAGAUAAAGAUCAUGUCAUUAAUGUAGAGUGCAUAUAGUGUAUAUGCAGUUCUGUGUGCCACCAAUAUAUACUGUAUAUUAUAAUAAUCUUUACUUACCUCCCUGUCACUAUACAUUGCAGGAGGAAUGGAGCCAUAUUAUAAAGAAAGAUGAGGAGAAAUGUUUGCUCAGAGCAACCAGUUAGGUUACAUCUCUCCAUGCUGCACUAGAAAAGUUACAGUUGGAAUCUGCCUGGUUGAUCUGGGCAAGCACCCCGAUUUCUUUCUUCUCCUACCAGUUUUGCAGAUUAGCUUAGUUGACUCUUGCAAGGAAAAUUGUUUGCUUUCUAGGUCUUCCAUACUUUGAGGAUUGUUUUAUCCUAUGCAGGAAAUACUUUCAGUUUGAGAACUGCAUAUGAUUUUACACCCCUAAACAUGACACCCAUUAGAACAUUAUAGCUUUUUUUUAUUAUUUUCCUUUACUUGGAUAAAAUGCAUAUUAUAUUAAUAUUUUUGUAAGUGUUUUAUUGCAUUUCUAUUUUGUUAUUGUUGAAUUAGCAAGUUGCCAACUGCAGUUCACAUGAAAAUGUUGUUUUUAUGUUAGUAAGUGUUACUAUUGGGUCAUGUUGAGCGCUCAUCUCUGAGAACUUCGUGCUUAUUAUGGACGUUUGUUAUCUAUCCUGGCUAAAAUCAGACAUCUGUUCCAUGGGCUCCAUACUGCACAAACCUUUUUAACAAUAGCAUUGUUAGGAUGAGCCCAGUCUGAUCACAUAGUGAGACCCAUUACUGUUUUUAAUCUUUUUACUGCCACGGUCCCCCAAAACUAACGGUAACAGCACAGCACUAUAAUAGCAGAGGUUAGACAGUUACACUAAAAGAAGGAACAAAAAAAAGCUUCUACUAGUACAGACUACAUUAAAAGCUUCUAUAGGGACAGUCUCAGUUUCCACUUCUUCAUCUUCCAAGAGUUCACGGCAGUAACACAAUAUUUAUAUCAGUGGCAAUAUCAUAUGAUGCUUACAAGGCAAUAGUAAUGCACUGUAGUUAUCUAAUGCAGUAUUAAUAAGCUGUAAUUCACAAUAUCACCAAUAACAAUGUAUUCUUUCCCAUGCAUAUACUACCUCUAAUAGAAAAUGGCGUAUCAAAGGGAUCGAAGACUACACAGAACAGCUUUGAAGUGCAUUGUUCUCUUCACAUAGCUUAGGAAGACAUUUUGGACCCUUUUUUAAAAUAACUGAUUGCAAAGAGUGGUACGAAGUAAGUUAAAAUCAUUAGUCACAGAUCAGCGUUCAUUUUUAAAGCCAAGAACGUGACUUGUUACCACAAAAUAGUGCCCUAAACUGUUAUUUAACAAACCUAUUUUGUUGGCUGAACAAGGUCACAUAGAUGGGGCAAAACGUUUCAAGAGCUAAACCAUAUUACUAAUACAACCUGUGUGAUCGCUAAAAAACACUGACAUAGAGACUUGGUGGAAACCAUUUUGUGAGCUACAAAGUGCACACGUAUGUGGCUUUCAGUCUAAGAGAGACACUGAUAAGGGUCACAAACACUCUGCUCCUAUAUGGCUGCCCCAAAGGGUAGUAGGUGGCAAUACAAUGCCAAUAUUGUAAAUCAGUCUUAAGGAGCUGGUAAAUUGGUCUAGAAAUUUUAAAAGUGUGACAGUCUUCUGUGGAUUGUACUGCUGUAUAUUUUUUUUUGUAAUUUUCCUUUUUUUUAUUAUUAUUUUUUAAAAAAAUGUUUUCUCUUUUACUGAGUAGCACAUCAUACAAAGUUCUAUAUGAAAUGUAAACUGUAAGGAAUGUAAACAUAUGUAUUGUUAAAUAUAAAUAGACAGGUAAUGAAGCCCUGAUUAGAUGGAAAGAGUCUUAUUUGGAUGUAUCACACUCAUUUUACCAUCCACACAACUUGUCGCAUGAUAGAGUAGUUUUUUUUGUCUAUGAAUAUGUGAAUAACUUGCGUUUUAUCUUUUUACAUAUUUAAUAAAAAAGUAUAUGUUAUAAAAAAAAAUGCCAAUUUUACCAACUAUUCAACUUGGGUGCAAAUUGUAACUUUUGUCUGUCUGUUAUUAAAACCACCAGAUUCAUUUUAAGAUGCAUUUUGUCUAAUAAAAUGAGUUAAAUUA